AUGCAGUCAGCAGCCGAGACACUCGCCUUUAGCUCUCUGCAGUUCAUGGACAAUGACCAGCAGAGGAAGCACUGGAGACGUUGCAAGAAGAAGGCGACGUGCGACCUGUGCCGCUACAUCAUCUUCAAAAAUACAUGGAAGCACCGUCUCAUGAUGGACCCGCCAGCUGCCGUCGACAGGUCGUCAGUCUCCGCCCAGUCCCAGCAGUUGACCCAGGGCGCGUGGCUGGAUGCAAAAUGGACCCAGGAGGAGAACGAGGGCAUCGUGGUGGUCAAGCUCGGCUGCGUGGCAUGCAACCAAUCGAAGUGCGAGCGGGCGAACUCGACGAGGCUGGUCAGCUACGCGUACGUCGGAGACCAGCGCGGCAUGAGGGUGACAGAGCUGGCGUCGCAUGCAAAGUCGGAAACGCACCGAAGUGCGUUGCUCGAGUACUUGCAGAUCGAGGUUGGCCCCACGAUGAAAUUCGCCUCCGUAUGGGACGCUGCCUGCAGGGGCCAGCGAAAGAUUGAUUCUGUGGGCCAGGCCGAGCGGGCCCGGAAGCUUCAGUGGUGCCUGUGGGAAUCCAUCAAGGAGGCCGACCGUGAGUUUCUUAUGCGGGACGGAGUUCAGAUUACACUUCUCAGAGAUGAGCGCCAAGGUCGCUUGGCUCUACGCUACGUCGCGGUCGACAAGAAGUUCGAGGCCCGAAGGGGCGUCCUGGGUCAGACGAAGGCUUCCGGCACAGGUUCGGAGGAGAUCAACAAGGACAUCAUGCAGGCCCAGCUCGAUGCCAGGUCGGUUCUGGAGAAAGUGAAGGUCCUCACAGUUGACGCGGCCUCCGACGAGAUGACCGCCGGCCGCCUCGGUCGACGCCCCAGCGACGAGGGGGGCAUCACGCCGAACUUGAGCAUGAUCAUUCGGGACAAGACAUACGCUUCCAGGAGGGCCGCGUGGGUUGCGCCCGAAACGACAACGAAGAAGCCGCAGGAUUGCGACCCGACGCUCCAUAUGAUAGACGAUAACAUUUUCAAGAGCAAGAACUCCAUUGUGCAGCGGAUCCACCACUUGAGGGUUUGGCGCUCGGAGCUCGAACGGUACAUCGUCGAAAUGGAGCAACGCGUGGCCACUGUGAAGAACGUCAAAGCAGCCAAUCAUCGGCACGACAGCGAAGCAAAGCCCAAAGGCAGGUUCUGCCUCUUCAUGCCAGCCUUCCUGCAAGUCGCCGGCUGCAUGGCCGUCUGCCGGGGCGGCGAGGAGAAGACUGACGCUCGCAAUUUCUUGCGCAUGAUCACGGAGGAGGUUUGCAUCCAAGUAGCCAUGAUGGCAGAUGCUGCAGACGAGGGGCUUUUGUUCACUCGAGAGCUGGAUUCGGAGGAGUCCGACGCUGCCGAGAUGGCGUCCCGCGUGAAAACGUUCCUGGCCAAGUUGGAGUAUCUCUUCAACCAGGAGGUGUGCCUGGUUACCCUGGGGUACACUCGCCACAUGCUCCACCUCCUGACUGACAGCGUUCGUGUCCUCAGGAUCUCCAAGACGCAGGUGCGCAGCAUCGGUGGCCCGACCUGCUUGGAUGAUGGCGUCGCCGUCCGGACCUGCAUGCAACGCAUUCGUUCGUUCGUGAGGGUAUCGAUUUCGGUGACCGUGGCCAAAUUCCCCAACUACGAGAUUGUCUCCGCCUUCCGAGUCUUCUGUAUAGACGAGAAGAAGAAAUCCCAAAACGUGUAUUCUGACCCGGAGUUUGCCGCUUGCUUCGAGCGCCUCGCGAUGUUCUACAGCGUGGACCAGGCUCAGCUUCAAGCCGAGUUCGCCGACCUGGCCCAAGUCGCGAAGUCGCGCAUGGUCUUCAACGGGUGCUCGGUUCGAGAUGCGUGGCAGUGUGCUGCGACGCGCGCGCACGCCAUGCAGUCUGCCUCGCGAGGGCCCGCUAACUUACGCGACGGGCGGGGGAAGCGUUUCCGCAUGACAGCAUUGGGCGAUGUCUUGCAGGGUUACUUGGCGGCCUCGAUUUCCACGGCUGGCGUCGAACAGGAUUUCUCGAGAUUCAAGCGUGUUUUCGGAGAGCAAGCCCUCGGCGCCCUGGACUCCACCGAGGCCAUGGUGGCAAAGCUCGUGCUGGACCGGUCCCACGUGGAGCUCAAGGACAACUUCGCCAUGCAGCGCGCCCAGGAGAUCUGGGGCGAAAAUUUCAACAAGCCCCGGAACCAUGGCAACACUGUUCGCAUCGACAAGGGCGUGAAGCGGCCGGUCGCCUCGGACUCCAAGGAGGCGUCGACGGAGGUGGAGUGGCAGAGACGGCGGCGCCGAAGUGUCAUUGACGCCCUGGCGAGUGUCGCGGAGAAGUUCGAGGUCGGCGCCGACGCCGUCGAGGUCGACGAGCACGCCUGGCAGGAGUCGCACCAGAAAAUGGUAGAUAAGCAGCUGGCCAUUGACAGGCGGAACAAGGCUGAGGCCCUCAUGGACGGCGCCUUGAUCAGCUCGGAGAUCGACCUGCAGACCAUAGACGACUCUAAGAAUAUCGUCGAUCGGCGCAUCAAGAACGACCGCGAGCGAAACAACAAGGAUAAAUAUGGGGAAAUCUUCACUUCCAAGCAGACGGUGGACCUCGCCACCCUGGCCAACGUCCACUGGCACAUGGACGACGGCGCGAAGGAGGCGAUCACGCUGGAGCAAGCCAACCGCGCGCUCAGCCCGGCCUUGAUGGAGACGGACCCCCUGAAGGCAACUUUCUUCUUAGCGCAGGACACGGGACUAGGAAUCCACGUAGUGCAGGAUCCUGCGAGGGCCAGCUUCCGCCAGACUUGGACUGCGACGCUGGUGGGUGGACUCGUCGCAUCUCCGAGCGUCGUCUUGAACAACGGCAAGGGUGCCAUGCUCGCAUGCAAGAGCGCCUUGGGUGUCCAGCGGAAGCUGUACAUCUCGAACGAUUUCGAGAACGCCCACAAGAACGCCUACAAUAUUUUCCGAGAGGUCGCUUUCAAGUCGAAGAACUGGGUCGAGCUCCGCACGAUCGAAGACUACAAGGAGGCCGUCAAGAAACACAAGACGCAGCCGACCAGGGUAGCCUACCUGAAGGUAGCCGGCGAGAUCGUCGAGGACGUACACACGUCCACGGAGUUUUUCACCUUUAUCCAGAAGUUGGACAACGCCAAGGUUCAGGACGGCCGCUAA